AUGCAGCGGGUGCGCUUCUCCAGCCCCGACGCAUACGAGAAGUUCAAGGUGCUCUUCGCCGACACGCGGCGCCACCUCAUGACGCUGCCAGGCUUCCUCCACCUGACGUGGUGGGAGCACCCCGACGACCGGAGCUGGUACAACGAGUGCAGCUUCUGGACCAGUCGUGGUGCGCUGUACGACUGGCACAAGAACACGUACCACAAGUACUGCAAGACGUGGGCGGCCAACGGCGCCAUCAUGGAAGACAUCAUCACCAAUUUCGAGCUUGUGGGCACGCGCCUGCUCCGCGUCUGCCCGGUAUGCAACCACACUGAGGACAAGAAGUACGACUUGGCGAGGGAGCAGGAGGUCCUCCACCAGCAAUGCCCUCAGUGCGGGUUCCACUUCCCCGUAAUGGAGGAGACCCCAUCGAGCUUCGCGGUUUUUAAGGAUGUUCCGGGGUUGAACGGGGACUCGGUGGCGACGAGCGCCCAGGAAGAAACUGGAUGUCCAGCGUCCGCGGCUGGAGGGAAGGGGGACCAAGGAAGCAAGGGUGCUUGA